AUGGAGGCGAACGGUGGAGAUUCUUCGGAAAUCGUCCGUGAAUUGGAAGCCUUAAAGCUCAGAAAAUCGGAAAUUGAGCACCGAAUUUCGACCCUCGAAGCAAAGCUCCAGGAGACGACGGCGGCUGUCGAACCGUGCGACGCCGUAUCUAACGGUUACUCAUCUCCAUCGUCGCCGGCGAUUGAACACGGUCUUGAACACGGGUUGUCUCCGGAUCAGAUUUACCGUUACAGUCGCCAAUUGCUACUCCCUUCGUUUGGCGUUGAAGCGCAGUCAAGCCUCUUGAAGUCUUCGGUAUUAGUCAUCGGAGCUGGAGGACUGGGUUCACCCGCCUUAUUGUAUCUGGCAGCUUGUGGUGUUGGUCGGUUGGGUAUUAUCGAUCAUGAUGUCGUAGAACUCAACAAUAUGCACAGGCAGAUUAUACACACCGAAGCAUUUAUUGGUCAUCCCAAAGUGAAAUCUGCUGCUGCUGCUUGUCGCUCAGUAAACUCGACGAUUAAAAUCGAUGAACAUGUGGAAGCUCUUCGCACAUCCAAUGCUUUGGAAAUCCUCAGCCAAUAUGAUAUCAUAGUAGAUGCAACUGACAAUCCUCCUAGUCGAUACAUGAUCAGCGAUUGCUGUGUCCUGUUAGGAAAGCCUUUGGUAUCGGGUGCUGCGCUUGGAAUGGAGGGGCAGCUUACGGUGUAUAAUCACAAUGGAGGCCCGUGUUACCGUUGUCUAUUUCCCACUCCUCCACCUACAACAGCGUGCCAAAGAUGCUCUGAUAGUGGAGUUCUUGGAGUAGUUCCAGGGGUUAUUGGCUGUCUGCAAGCGCUAGAGACGAUUAAACUCGCAAGCAUGGUGGGCGAACCACUCUCUGAACGGAUGCUUCUUUUUGAUGCUUUGUCAGCAAGAGUCCGCGUUGUCAAGAUCAGAGGCAGAUCAGCCCAGUGUGUAGUUUGUGGAGACAAUUCAUCUUUCAAGAAGCAGCAGUUUAAGAAUUUUGACUAUGAGGACUUCACCCAAUUUCCUUUAACUGCGGGCCCAUUGAACCUACUUCCCACAGAAUCGAGAAUUAGCAGCAAGGAGUUCAAAGAAAUCCUUCAAAAGAAGGAACGACAUGUUCUUCUCGAUGUUCGACCUUCUCAUCACUAUAAGAUAGUCUCUCUCCCAGAUUCACUCAACAUCCCUCUUGCAAAUUUAGAGGCUCGGAUAAACGAGCUUACGUCAGCUGUGAAAGAAAAGGAAGAUGGCCACGUUAACACUGGAUCUUUCACAAAUCCAAGCCUCUACGUUGUUUGCAGACGUGGGAAUGAUUCACAGAUAGCUGUUCAAUAUCUCCGUGAAUCGGGUUUCGAUUCAGCAAAGGAUAUAAUCGGAGGACUGGAGGCUUGGGCAACUGAUGUCAACCCCAGCUUCCCCACCUACUAG